AAUUGACCAGCGUGAUUGGUCAAUUCUACGAGAUCUAUACCUUGUGUUUGCGCUUGCGAUAAAUGUAGAACGAGCUAAAUGGAACACUUCCUAAUCGCGCGAAACGAACCGCAACCGUAGCACACUGACUCGCUUCUGAUUGGACAGGAAAAAGCUGUCCAGUGACAUCACGAGUUUGCGACUUUCUCCCUUCCUAUCGUAUUUCAGUACUUGAAACACAGCCAACAAACUGAGGACGCUGGUGCAGUGAACUAUCGACAUUCCGCUUGCGAUUCUCGAAAUAUUAUCUUGAAACUUUUGGCGGCAAACGCCACAUUAGGCUUUCUCAGGUUCUAGAUGUACGUUUCGUUAUAAUGCGCGCACAUGUGUUUUAGAUGAAAGAUUCGCGAUAUCCGAUUGAGAAAUAUAUAUGCGACUGUUACACUUUCGAGGACAACUGUUAAGAUUUGAGAUGAAGAUAACAAGUGUGACGUCUGUUAUCAUGUGCUUGUGCAUAAUAUAAGAGAAUUAUACAAAAAUGCCAAAAAUAUGUGGUAGAAUAACGGUAAAGAAGUUUGUGUAUACUUUUGCCUUUGUUACAGAUAUUGUGUUUAUGCACACUGCCACAAAGAGUUUGUUAUAGAGUUUGUCUCACAAUCAAGCAAAAUAUUGUGUUAUAUAUUACGUUUCUUAGUUUUAUUUGAAAGUUUGAACAAAAAAGAUAUUUUAAGGUUACAAAAAUUAAAGAUCAAUGUAAAAACCAAAGGAGGUAUUUUGAAACUAUUUUUAAAAAGUUAUAUCAGUGAAUAUAUACUAUAUACAUAUAUGUAGUUUGUUGACUUAACAAGUUGUAUACAUUGCAAUUAAGUGGUACAAAAUGAAAUACAGAAGAAAAUCAGAACAAGAAAAUAAGAACAAAUUGAAUGUGUUAAAUCUGCUUCAUCCAUGUAAGGUUGUGCUGGAUGAUAUUGUUUUAAACACUGAGUUACUAUCAAUUUAUGAACAAAACUUAUUGAAAAAUGCAGAGACAAAAUUAAAGCAAGUAUCAUCUAGUUACAUGUCCAAUUCUUUCAACAAUGUUCAUCCUGAUAUAAAAAGUAGAAAUAAAAAAGUAAAAAAAAGUAUACAGAAAGAAAAUGUUUUAAUAAAUAAGAGAUCUAGUUGUAAAAGAAGAAAAGAAGAGUAUGAAAAUGAAUGUUCCAAAGAGAUAGUUAAACAUGAUACAUAUAAUAUAUCUACAGAUAUAAAUUAUAUUGGAAAUAAAGUGCUUGCAAUAAGAGAAAAACCUGAUAAUGUUAUAAGACCAUCUGAAAACAGAAAGAAUAGAGUUAGUUCUAGUGAAAAGAUAGUCAAUGUACACAAUGUUCCUAUAGACACAAGCUAUAAUAAUACAAAUGAGAUAAUUGCAAUAACAAGCGAAGAAGAUACUGUUUCAAAUACAUUUGAAAAAGAAAGAGAUACAACAACUGUAGAUGAAGAAACAGUGGACAAUUAUAUAUGGAAUUAUACAUCAAUAGAUGAGACAAAUUAUAGUAAUGAAAAUACAUUGAGUGGAGCAGAUAAGAAAUAUGAUAGUAAUGUAAGUCUGUAUAGAGAAAAAAGUACAGUUAGUUUGGAUGAAGAAGAUACAGAUCAAACUUAUGAUGAUUCUAUUGAUGCAAACUGUGAUAAUGCAAAUACAAUGAUAAUGACUAAGAAACAUAACAAUAGUAUAAGUUUAUCUCAAGAACAAUGGAGCAAAGCAAGUUUUGAUGAAACAAGAGAACAUCAUGCAAUAAAUACAAUAAAUGAUAUGAAUAAGAAGUCAGUCAAAUCAAUGUCUAAUGAUAAAAAAUAUUUGAAUAAGACAUUUCCAACUUCUCUUGAUUGUAAUAGCACAAUGCAAAUAAAAUGUAGCAUUCCAAUAAAACAAUAUUAUAACAAUUUAUAUUUAGUUAAUACGAGUUCUACUGACACGAAUGAUAUGGAUAAGAAAACUUCACUUUCUGCUGGUUUUGCUAAAAAAUUAUCAAUGACUUCUAACAUUCGUAUUAAUAACAAAUUAUCUUCAAUUGAUAUUGUCAAGGCAACAAAGUGUGUAGUAAAAUUGCAGCGGAGUGAUGUCAAUUUAUAUACGAGAAAUGUAUCCGCAAAUUUAAGUGACAUAGAUUCAGGAAAAACCUCAAGCUCUGUGAAUACAUCAGUUACCGAUGUUAAAACAGACAUGAGAACAAAUUUAAAUAAUGAGUACACAUCUUCAGUAGAAUAUAAUACAUUCAAGACUUCAGAAACAAGCCCUAAGAUUAAUUACUUUGAUAAUAUUAUACCUAGUUCUCCAGAAAUAUGUAGAAGAAAGUCUAAUAAGAAAAAAGUAUCUGUUAUAGAGCAUACCACAUCAUUAUUUACUGAAAACAAAAUUUUAUCGAAACAAAAUAUGCAAACUGUGCAGUUAAAAAGAAAAAGAUAUAUGAUAGAAGAUGAUUAUUGCGAACAAGAUUCUAUGGAGAAAAAUAAUUAUGAUGAUAAUGUAAAAGAAUUUUCUCCCAUUAAUGAGAGUGCGAUGAAAGCUGCAAAUGUCAUCAAAGAAAAAGAACAUGAAAAAAUUAAAUCACAUAUUUUAAAUACAACAAAUCUUGCCUUAGAGAUUAACAAUAAUUUUACUUUCAGAAGUAGCACAAUAAACAAGAAUACUUCAGAUUUUACAGAUAUAGAUAAAACCCAAGAAGUUGAUCGAUCACUAUCUGUUAACAAAGAAAAACCUAUAACACAAACCGAAUAUCCCGGGUUGGAAGAUAACUUUAAAGAUUCGAAAAGCAAACGAAUUAAGCUGAAUAGAAACACGCCUCUGGAUACUGAUAACAUUGAUUUGCGUAAAAUAUUAGAAGAAAAAAGAAAAUUGCGACAAUUGCAGAAUCUGGAAAACAAAAGUAAUGUUACGUAUAAGUAUAAUGAGAAAAACAUAUCAGUAUCUGAGCAGAUAAGAGCAGAUAAUACAUGCAACAUUUCAAUAAAUAACUUAGAAAUAAAUGAUAAGUAUGACGUAUCAAAUACACAUAGCGAAAGUGAAAUAAACUCAUCUUUUAACGAUGAACCGAAUAUUGGAUUUGUUCAUGAAAAUCGAGAUAUUUGUGACAACGUUAAAACACAAAAACAGGAUGAGAAUAAUGUCAACAAGAAAACUUUCAACGACAGUGACGCCGACAACAAUUAUAAGAAUAAUUAUAUCGAUGAUGAUAAUGACAAUGACGACGAUGAUUGUAUUUCUCUUUAUGCAAAUGAGACAUUUGAUGAAAGCCAGGACGAUUCAGUACGUGAAGAAAACAAAACAAACAAAUCUGUUAUAAACAAACCUGUAUAUUCUAAUAAGGACGAUUCAGUACGUGAAGAAAACAAAACAAACAAAUCUGUUAUAAACAAACCUGUACAUUUUAAUAAGAACGAUUUAGUACGUGAAGAAAACAAAACAAACAAAUCUGUUAUAAACAAACCUGUACAUUCUAAUGAGAAAGAUUCAGUACGUGAAGAACACAAAACAAAAAAAUCUGUUAUAAACAAAUCCGUAUAUUCUAAUGAGUAUGUAAUGAGUGAUAAUAGUAUUGAUAACUUUUUGAGACACAACACACAGGAAUUCAAUAAGGAAUAUGCAAACAAUGUAAUUGACAGUAUAGAAAAAUUAAAUGGAUUGAAUAAAACGGAAAAAAUAUCUACUAUACAGCAACAGCAAGCUUCAUAUACAAAUAAAACAAAAUCAUUAUUACCAAAUGAAGCUAAAGUUUUUCAUGGAUAUUGCUAUAUGUUCUUAAGAAAAAAUGUUUGUUAUAUACAAAAUAAGUGCAGAUAUAGCCACGAUGAUAGACGACUUAUUAUGACAAUAGAACAGAAACCUAGCAAGUCAGUUGCGGAGAUAAUACGAUAUGCAAUCCAAAACUUUACUCAGUUUUCAAAGGAAUGUUACUUCCGCUUUUUACAACGCUUAACAGUUGAACAGAUUUUAACAUUCUUCCACAUGUUUUAUGAUAAUAACUUUACAUUUGGUCCUGAAUAUAUUGAAAAAAUAAUUUUGGAAUUAUUUCGUCAUCGAAAAAUGUCAUUAAAACUAAUCGUAAAUUGUAUUGUUACAUACAUCCCUAUUAAAAGAUUAAAUGAACUUUAUAAAAUACUAGAAGUUGUGAAACAACUUGUAAGACCUAGUGAAUACUGGGAUACUUUGCGAACUAUAUAUUUUGCUCUAAUGCCGAUAAAUGCAGAUAAAUUUAUUAUUUAUCAAUUAUUAUUUAAUUGCAUAAAACAUAGGCAGUUAGUGAGAAGUGAUAGCGUUAACGAUAUUGAUAAGUUUUUAAAUACACUUGAUCCUACAUUCGUGUCCCAAUUGGAUGAAAAUACACUCAGAGAGUUCAGAAGUUUAUUGGCUGAAAAAAAUGGAACAAAUUCUAGUCCUACAACCUGCGUUGCUCAAACGUCAGCUCAAUAUUUUGGAAAAAGUGGAAACAAUGUGCAAACUAUUGCCUCUCCUGAUCCAUCUACAGAUGUUCAUGCAGAUAUCUUAGAAUCUGAUAUCCCAUUCUGUGAUGCUACUCCUACAAACAAUGCCGAUACAACCGGAAUGAAGAAAAGUGAAACCAAUGACAGAGAUAAAUCUUAUGCGUUACAACCUAUUGAAACAUACUGCAGGUUGCCUGAACCUCGAUCCGUUUUUAGAUAUCAUGAACAUUGCUGGAAGUUUUAUCUAGAUUUAGACAGAUUGAAAAUGGGAUUUUAUCAAAAAGACUACGAUUACAUUAUUGAUAUCUUAAAAUUGUAUGUAGACAAACAAGUUACAGAUAAAAUUUUCUAUCACACCUGUGAGAUUCUGCGAAAUGAAAUAAGACGUUCGUUCAAAAAUCACGUGAAAACCCUGUUGCAACGUGCAGUUCAAAGAGAUGUAUUCGGCGAUCUCGGUACACUUAUAUUUGACUUAGGAUUAACAGUAGUGGCUAGUUUAAUUGAUGAGGAAGCAUGGGAACUUGCACAUCAAGUGAUUCACUCACUUAGUACAUAUGAUUUUCCUUUUAAUGCAGCAUUUUAUCUGCUAUUAGCUGAGAUUUAUUUAGCUAACAAAAAUCCUCUAGAGGCACUUAACUUACUAAAAACCCAUAAUAUUUUAAGUACGAGCCGUAGUAGAUGGUAUGUUAAAAGCAUUGUUAAUGAUGAGGAUAUCAGAAACAAAAUAAUAUAUAUUCUGCUGGACUUACUGCUUUGUAAUGAAUAUAUAGAACAUGCCUUCUUUCUUUUUCGAUUUUUGAUUGUAGAUCAAAGUAGUCAAUAUUAUCCUAUAGAUUUAUCUCGUUAUGUGGACAAAUUGAUAAUAUUAUCUUUAUCAAAAAAGGAUACGAUAUUACUUAGAGAAAUAAGUAUCUUAACACUUAAAUAUACUUUUGCAUUACAUGCAACAACAUGCCGUGCUUUACUAUCAACAGUAAUAAACAAUGACGAAGCUUUAGGUCGACAGAUAUAUAAUUAUGCAAAAAACAUUGGCGUUUAUUCAAGACUGCAGUUUUGGCCAAUUACAAGUAUUAUUUUAAAUACUGAUCUAACAGAAGAAGAAAUAUAUAUAAUAAUUUUACAAUUGUUGAAAGAUCUCUUGUUAGAUUUGGGACAUGCAGCUGAAUUUGCUAAAUUUUCUCAAGUCAAAGUAUUUCUUAUUUUAGAGAUUAAAUCUUCGAAUUUUCACUACGCCAGACAUUAUCAUAACAUAAUAUAUACAAAUGCAAAGAGUUUAAUUAAAAAUGUCUUAACGAAACGAUUUGAGCCUCCUUUAUUGUUACAGUCAUGUAGAGAUCGAAGAAUAUGUAGGAUUCAAAGUAAAAGUCUUAUAGAUCAUUUAAAAGCAAUGUAUUGUAGUUAAAGACAUUUGUUACAUUUGGUUAAUUAUAUAAUGGAAGUUUAUAAUAUUCCAAAGUAUUAUUAUUACGGUAAGAUUUUCUUGCGAUCUAUCAUUAAAUUUCUCUAAAUUUUUGGAUUUUUUAAUAAUUUUGUAUUUGUAUUUUCUUUUUUUUAUAAGUUUGAUUUUUGUUCUGUUUAUUGCUUUGAUAUAUUAAUUCAUGUAUAAUUGUGUUAUAAUUUUGUUGUAAAAACACAACUUUAUUAUUAAUGUAUAAUUCAUGUAUAAUUUUUAUAUGUUACGGAGACACAACUUUCUCUAUUAAUUUCUAUUUUUUUAAUUAUAAACAGACAGAUUUACAGUUACAUGUAGACCAUGGUAAAUUUAAUAAUUAAUUUUUUAUUAUUAUACAUAGAGAAACGUUAAAUGUAUUACAACAUAACAUACACACAUUUUAAUCUACAGUAUUUGAUUUAUUCUGUCAACAUAUUUGUUUUAUACAUAAUAUGUGCAUAAUAUAUAAACUGAUAAAUGAUGAAUUUAAAGUUCUUGAGUAUUCAUUGCAGCAAUACUGAAUUAUAACAAUGGAAACAAGAAAUUAGAUUUAAAUUUUUGUCAUGCAAUUAACACAUUGAAUAUUUUUAUUUAUUUAUUGUGUUGUUUACCGCCAAUGACAUUCAAAAGCAUAACUUGGCAAACUUUGCCGAAAAUUCUCUUCUCUUUUAUUCUGCGAUGAUAAAUGCACGUAUAAUUAAAUUUGAGUAUACUGUGUUUUUUUGUAGCAGAAAUUGUUAUGGCAAGUGAUCAAGAUUAAAAAAUAUAUAUUUUUUUAUAUAUUAAUCUCUCCGGUAAACAUCAAAAAGAAAGUUGAAUUUUAUCACUUUAUGCUUUCGAUUAACUAUAUUAUAUGUAAAAAUUAAUAUAAAAAUUAUUUUAAAAUAAAUUGACAAAAAUUCGUAAUUUCUUGCUACUAAUGUCAUAAUUUAAUAUAGUUGUAAUGAGUAUCCGAGACUCUCAAGCUGGUAAAACUAUUAUGCAUAAUUAUAUUUAUAGCAAUAAGGAAAUUGACCAGUGUAAUACAACAGUAAGAAUAGUUGUAUAAGUUCAGAAGUUUGCAUUAAAUACACAU